UGUCGACCGACUGAAACGGCGGCCCAUAAUGCAUUGCGAUGGCGGGUAGGCGGGUGGGGGUGGAGCCAGGGCCGGAAGUAGAACGGUGGCGGCAGCGGAGGCCCCGGCAGCUCGGGACUGAGUGCAAGUACUAGAAUCACCAUGAUUCUCCAGAGGCUCUUCAGGUUCUCCUCUCUCAUGCGGUCCAUGGUCUCAGUGCAUCUGAGGAGGAACAUCGGUGUUACAGCAGUGGCAUUUAAUAAGGAACUUGAUCCUGUACAGAAACUCUUCGUGGAUAAGAUUAGAGAAUACAAAACUAAGCGACAGGCAUCCGGAGGACCUGUUGAUACUGGCCCAGAGUAUCAGCAAGAGCUGGAGAGAGAGCUUUUUAAGCUUAAGCAGAUGUAUGGUAAAGCAGACAUGAAUACUUUCCCUAACUUCAAUUUUGAAGAUCCCAAAUUUGAAGUCAUCGACAAACCCCAGUCCUGAAGAAAUAGUGUAAAAUGUAUUUGGUAAUUUGUCCUAGAUUAGUUGUACAACUGGUUGGAAGUAUCGGGACAAACAUACAUUUCUCAACUGUCAAAUGUGUUCUUUUAAUUCUGAUUCCAAAUAAAUUAUUUGGUGAUGUUGAAUGUA